GGUUGGUCCACCAAACCCACACAUACAACCAUGAAGUUGGGAGGCUUUCUUCUUCUCACUUUGAUGGUGUUUGUUGUGUAUGCAGAUGUUGUCACCGGACAAAUAAAUGAACGGGAUUAUUGUCGUGGGUAUCCAAAACAAGCAUGCACCAAGGAGUACAAACCCCAUUGUGGUUCUGAUGGCAAAACGUAUGACAACCAGUGCUUUUUCUGUAAUGCAUAUAUCAAAAGUGGUAGAAGACUUAAGCUGAAGCACUUUGGAAAAUGCCAGGAGUUUGAAGACACACAAGUAGCAGGCCGUGUCCAUUCCUGUAAUGUGUUUGAGCAGCAAAUGGAGGCAGGGAGAUUUCAUCAUCCAGGCUGCAAAUACAUGCAUAUAUACAUGAGAGAGACAUGGGAGAGAAGACAGACCUUGCCUCUACCAGUGGAAUUUGAGCAACGCCUACUACUUGGAAGAGGGCUAAUUGGUGGGACCACCAGACACCCACACACAACCAUGAAGCUGGGAGGCUUCCUGCUCCUUACUCUGAUGGUGUUCUUUGUGUACGCAGAUGUUGUCACCGGACGAAUAAAUGAACGGGAUUAUUGUCGUGGGUAUCCAAAACAAUUCUGCACCCUGGAAUACUCUCCCCACUGUGGGUCUGAUGGCAAAACGUAUGACAACCAGUGUUCUUUCUGUAAUGCAUAUAUCCGAAGUGGUAGAAGGCUAAAGCUGCGAUACCGUGGAAGAUGCUAG